UCUUGUCGGCUUACUCAGUUUACGGAAGAGCAACUGGUGGAAGUGGACGUAAUUUAAUGGAUGUGAGAAAUAUAUUUCAUCGAUCUUCGUAGACAGCAAGCUUUCAUUUCGAUAUUAGUAGAUAAGAAGACGUAACAAAAUGCCUUUAUUUGGCCAAAACGCAUUCGACCAGGAUGUGGAGAAAGCAACCAGUGAAACUAACACGACAGAUGACUGGGGUCUCAUUAUGGAUAUCUGUGACCGGGUCGGAACAACUCCAAAUGGUGCAAAAGAAUGUCUCCGGUCAAUCAUGAAGAGGGUCAACCACAAAGUCCCUCAUGUUGCCAUGCAAGCGUUAACGUUGCUUGGUGCCUGCGUUUCAAACAGUGGAAGAAUUUUUCAUUUAGAAAUCUGUUCACGAGAGUUUGCCAGUGAAGUCCGGACUGUGCUAAACAAGGCUCACGCAAAGGUUAGUGAGAAACUGAAGGCUCUGAUGGUUGAAUGGGCGGACGACUUCCAAAAAGACCCACAACUGAGUCUCAUCGGUGCCACCAUCAAAACGUUAAAAGAAGAGGGAGUGACCUUUCCCAGCUCCAGCAACCAGAGCUCCAGCACAAAGCCCAACAGCAACCCUGCCAACAACAAACCGGCCGAUGAUGAUGAUCUGGCCAAAGCCAUUGAGCUGUCCUUACAGGAGCAGAAACAGCACGUAGAGACUCGACCCCUCACAGUGAUCUCUGAUCCACCCUACAACACCAACAGCAUGAAGGAGACACAUAAGGUACGCGCCCUCUACGAUUUCGAGGCGGCUGAGGACAAUGAGCUCACUUUUAAGGCUGGGGAGCUUGUGCUGGUCCUAGAUGACAGUGAUCCAAACUGGUGGAAAGGAGAAAACCAUCGAGGCACAGGGCUUUUCCCAUCAAACUUCGUCACAACCAACCUGAAUGCUGAACCAGAGCCUGUGAUGUAUCUUGAGAAGACCGUAGUUCCUGAAGAACCCACAAUCGAAGUCCAAGCUGAACCUGAGCCUGUGUUUAUAGAUGAGGAGAAGAUGGACAAAACUCUCUACCUGCUCCAGAACACAGACCCUGCAGAUGCCACACCUGAUAGCCAAGAGCUGCUCACAUUAGAAGGUGCUUGUGAAAAUAUGAACCCAAUGAUAGAUGAGAGACUUGAAGAAAUUGACAGGAAGCACUCAGAAUGGUCCGAGCUAAACGUGAAGGUGCUGGAAGCUCUGGAGCUGUAUAACCAGUUAAUGAAUGAGGCUCCGCUUUACACCACUUACUCCAAAAUGCAGUCUGUACAAGGCACUUACCCAGGAGCCCCUGCUCCACUUGCUAUGCAGGGUUAUCAGCCAUCUGGAGCCUACAUGUCUACUGGUGUUCCUCAAGGCUAUAGUCUGAGUUCAGAUCAGGCUGGCCCUCUCUGUUCUCUCCCUCCGUCAGUCAAUUCGGCAGCUGCUGGUCAGGCCGCACAACCCCCCUACAUGAGUGGUCCCAUCAAUGCACAAUAUAUGAACCAAGCUCAUGGAGGCCCCGCUCCUUAUCCACCACAAAUGGGUGUGGCUAUGGACAUGUCUGGAUAUCAGAACGCUAAUGCUGGUGUGCCUCCCACCUCCUAUCCAAUGUCAGCCCCGGCCCACCCUGCACCUCAGCAACAGCAAGCAGCUUUCUACCAGCAACCCCUGUUGUAAGGCCAUGCAAGAGGUCCUAGUUUAGAGUCACAAUAUCCAAUGCAAAAUCCAAGCAAGUGGUAAAAUUGGGUGAAGAGUGUUUUCUUCUCUACUAUAUUAAUGGAGAGGGGUAUGCAGACUCAGAGGUUAGACAUUUGAUCCUCACAAGACAAAGAUUCUCCCAAAGGAAGCAAGCACUUCAUUGUCUUUCCUUUUUUCUUAACUCUGUGAAGAUGUUUAGGGCAGGUUCAGAGUCGUUGAAAUGCAUUACACUAACCUGAAACAACAAUUUUGUCAUCUCAUGAUAAUCACCAGCAUAUUCUUUAUGUAUAUGAAUAUGAAUUUUAAGAUGCAUACUCUUUGUUUAAAGAUAGAAUGCUUGGUAGGCUUACAGUUCACUGUUGAUCACUGAAAUACCCCAAAACUUCAAUUACAUCCCUUUUUAGAGAGAAAAAAUAUGUUUUUUUAAAGCGCCAUCCAAUAGAAGACAAUUGUAUGAAAAAGAUUAUAAUUAGGUGGAUCAACAAAUCUAUAAAGAAUUUACAUGCCAAGACUCCGCACUUGUAGAAACAAGAAAUGAAACAAUCAGAAAUGGUGGUUAAAGGUUCAAACUGCUAUUAUUGAUUCCAGAACAGUAGGACUUGCAGCAUUGUAACAACAGUUUGAAGCCAUUGUCGUUGGCAUGUGAUGUUGGUAAUGCAAACUGUGCUUUGGAUUUACAUGAAUUGAAAGUAGUCACAGAUGCAAUCCCUUUAUGGUCAAUCCAUAUGUUUCACUGUAUAUUGAUAUUUAUAAUAUGGGAGUACCGCUUAUGUUUGCGUUGUGGGUGUUUUUUGUCGUUCGACUUAAUUUAAGGCUUGUAAAAUCGCAGUACAAUACAUUAUAAAUUUACAGAUUUGAAAAACAGAAAUUAAAAAUAGUUUGAUGCUCUUUGCUUCAUGGGUAUGUGAGAAAACAUUUUCUGACAACCCCUCACCCUCAAAUCAAUAGUCAUUUGAUGAUAUGGACAAAAUAUAACCAUUUUCAGUUUUGUUAAAAUUGGAUUAUAUAGUAUAAAAUAGAUGAUUCGUCUUUUUUUUUUUUUCUUAAACUGCUUGAUUAAAGAAAAUGUAUAUUAGAUGUUAAAAACCUGGCUUUGUCUGUACUGCACCUUAACUUUAUACACAUUUAUUUACCACCAGAUGCCUUGGUCUUACAAAAGAUGAAAUCAAACUAGACACCAAUUUAAAAAAAACUUUAUUUCAGAAGCUGCUGUAUAUUUGUAAAACUAUAUGUUUUAAGAGAUUUAGAAGGAAAUCUGUAUUGUACUCUUGGACUCAAUGUUUUGUAACAUCAAGAUUUAUUUGUAUCUUUCCUGUUAAUUUUUCAAAUUCCUUUUGUAACAAGGUGAACUCUUAUAGUCUUCAAAAAAUAAAAUGACAUGUGUUUCAAUAGC